AACUAAAAUAAAUUCGAUUCAGUAUGCUUCUACUGAAACAACCCCGAUUGAUUCGGUUCACUGUAUAGUAUUAUACUAACAUUAGUAGCACAUCAAUUAGUAAUUAGUAUGUAUAAUAGUGCAAUGGGACAACAAUAUAACUACUUUCAAUGAUCAACGGUUUGCAUACACAAUCGUAGUUGGCUAUACAGGUAAUUUUGAGCGCUGGUGCAGCGGCGCCAUUUACUCGCCAACCUUCGAAUCGUCUACGUCGUCUCCAUGCAAUUCGCUGCUAAUUUAAUUACACCUUAUAAUAUGGGAUUCUAAAGCUUGUGAUAAUCAGCUGAAUAAUCAAUCAGAGAAUCCUACCCCGUCGGGAUGUAUAAUGUGGCUUAAUCAAACAACUUAAAAAUGGUGAUGUGAUGCAUCAAAUUUAUAGUGUUUUACAGUUAGACUCGCUGCAGGAUCUCUGCUCACUUUUAAAGUGUAUACUUAGUGCAUAUGGAUAUCUGGGAGUAUUUGUACCGGAUCCUUGCAUUUCAUGCUGCAAGAAAUGGUGAGUUAUGAGAUUUGAUUCAUUUAAAAAAAACUUUCUUCCACAGAAUUUCGUAGUUUGGCGGUCGGGUACCUCCGGCUCGACUCGUUACGAUUCGUUGAAAGUUUCAAACUGUUCUUUAUCGCGCCUUCUUAAUAUUUCGAUUCGGGAUGAGAAUUUUUAUCUGACAACGUCUGUGAAUUUUUAACAGUUCAGAGUGUUCAGUACUGCAUUCUUAUGCGCCUGUGUGUUGCCAAUGUAGCUCGCAUAUACAAUACAAAUUUAUGGAGAAUGGCUCAAUAGCUAUGCUGAUUGUGAGUAUUAAAAAAUAUCACAGAAUGAAAAAGAACCGCUGAUGAACCAGAAGAAAAAUAUCAGAAUCAUUGUGGUUCUUUCGCGGUGACAUCGUAAACGCUGGGCAUGCUAUCGUCUGUGUUGGGACCAACAAGUUCCCUGAUACUUUCUUUGUGAAAAAUGUUCCUUGAACUCAUUGUCAGUACGAUUUUUACCACCAGCAAGCGCAAAAUUCAAACCUCCAUCAAUGUCGAUUAUCAUCUAUUAAUAAUAUCGAUAUUACUCAGGGUUCUCACUUUAACCGACCGAGUUGAACACAACGUAAAGAUGGAGCAUAAGCCAGUGAUGCGCUCUCUCUUGAUCAUGGACGCAUAAAAUAUUAUUCGUAGACUUACAAUUAAUAUUAUUUCAUACUUCCAUCAUUCCUCCGUGCUUCCAUGCUCUAGAAUCUAGAUGGUCAUUUGAUUCAAACUUCAAGUAUGUAUCCUCUCGAGUGCGAUUUGAUAUAAGUCGAAUACCGCAGAAGAUAGAUCGACUUCGGUAUGCUAUAUAAUUUCCUGCAGUGAGCGAGAAGAAUCACAGAGAAAAUAUAUACGGGAAAUAUGGUCAACAUUUUCCUAAGUUUGCAAAGUAGUCUAGAAGUUCACACGAAUUUGUAGUAUAUUAGUUGUUAUCUGGUGUUGAGAUAUUUUGCGCAAUUUACGGCCAUCAACAUCGAUGUUACAUAAAAUUUCUGGUCCCCCAGCGAAAAAUAUAAUUUCGCAUUAAUAUAACAUUACAACGUUGAAAUUUGUUUAAGUGACAUCUGAGCUGUUGCUGUACCUAACCUUGCUCAGGCCUUGAACUUCGGUUCACAUUCGGAUAACUAAAGUGACUUAAGUUAAAAAUGCCCAAAAUAAGAACUAAACAAAUUUCGAACAGCUCAUGGCUGAGACAACGAGAAAUUGGAUUCAAGUUUCCUUUAGGCCACAAUGAUCGCUUUUACAAAACACUUUACUCCGCUAUACAACCAUGCACUUCAUGGGACCACGGAGAAAAUCUUGCGAGUGCCAUGCAUGGAGGAGUUUUUAAUCUAGAAUACUCACCUGAUGGAUCGCUACUGCUUGCUGCCUGCGAAAAGCGGAGUAUUUUGAUGUUUGAUCCACUAUGCAGAAAACUCAUACAUGCGAUAGAUAAUGCUCACAAUGAUUGCGUCAAUUGUGUAAGGUUUCUGGACCAACGGAUGUUUGCUACUUGCUCGGAUGACAGCACAGUGGCACUUUGGGAUGCUAGAAAUUUAAAACAGCGCAUCAGAACUCUUCAAGGUCACUCAAACUGGGUCAAAAACAUCGAGUAUAGUCCUAGCGACGGUCUAUUACUCACAAGCGGAUUUGAUGGCAGUAUUUAUACAUGGGACAUAAAUAGUUUUACAGAGAAUAGUUUUUUAUAUAACCGAGUAUUUCACACCAAUGGACUAAUGCGGACUAGAUUGAGCCCUGAUGCCACUAAAAUGCUGAUAUGCACAACCUCUGGAUAUCUAAUCAUCAUCCACAACCUGCAGCUUAGCACAUUGUCGCAAGACUUAGCAGGAUUCAAGCCAAACUUGUAUCGGCUUAUGCAACUAUCGCAAACUACGAUACCAGUGGCAGCUAGUUUCACUCACCUGUUUGCAAACUCCAGGACUCAAAAUCGGCUAGAGUUCCUGACUGAUUUUCCUGUAGGUGAUGACGCCGAGGUAAUUUCGAGUCUUCAAGUACAUCCACAGGGCUGGUGCGCUCUCUCGAGAAAUGUCAGUAGUGGAGAAAAAUCAGAGUGGACUUGUGUGCAUGAUAUUCAAGAGCGUGACGUAACUGAAGCAGAGGAACAGAUAAAAGACAUCGAGGAUUCGUCGAUGCAAUUCAAUGAUCUUUCGGAUGAAGACUUUCAAGAGGAGCAACACCCACAGCCAUCACGUUCUGGAAUGACUUCUCCUUUUGUAAUAGAUAGCGCCAGCCGUGCCCGAAUCGUUCAGGAGGUGACAGACAUCAUGACUAAUUCAUUUGUGUCAACGGAUGCAGCACAGCCUGUUAGACCAUCGAGAACUAACAAUUGGCAAGAGAUUCCGAGGCGAAACUCAAGGUCCCAGACUCGUGGUAGCAGCCCAAGGCUCGAGAGGAACAUAAUGCGGACUAAUUUCGGAGUGGUUGAAGUCAGCUCAUCAGAAAAUUCCUCAGAAUCUAGACUGAACUCAAACUCUGAGGAUGAAGCUAGAGCAAAUAGGCUCAUUCAGGGAAGCGAAGAUAAUGAUGAAGAAGGAGAAAUCCCCCAGCGGAAUAAUUUCAGUGCGAAUAAUAUCACCGAUCACGGACACAAUCGGGAAAACCUCGAAGAUUUUAGACUACCUAGACAAAAUUCUCAGCUUAGUGAUUUCAGACGAAGGAAUGUAAUAGACGGCGUUCAGCUACACGUAAGUAGCACAGAUAUAUGGGAAGCUCUUGUCGCUAUUAGGGAAGCAAGGCUCAGGAGAGAACGAGAGAGAGAAUUUCAUUCCUCAGGAGAACGGAGGGACUGGCUUCCCCGGUCUACCAAUGGGGUUAGCGUAAACAUCCCUAGGUCUUCUCACACAGUUGUUAUAAUUGGAGACAGAGCAAGGGUGCAGAGUCAAAAUAGGCAAGGCUUACAAACUAUGUAUGCAAUACCUCGCAAUCACAAAAUCCACCAAAACACUCCUAGGCUAACUCAUUAUAUUGAGGAGCCAAACGUAGGCUCUGGUUAUAUAAAGGAACUGUGUUUCUCCUCUGAUGGAAGGUUGAUCUGCUCUCCAUUUGGUUACGGUGUACGUUUGCUUGCGUUUUCAAGUGAAUGUCAGGACUUGUCCAACUGCGUACCUGCUGCCAAUGAGGCGGUACAGCUUUACGAGCUAGCGACAAACGUCAGUCAUUCAGACAUCGUUGUUAGCACCAAAUUUUCUCCCAAACAUUGUUUGCUUGUGUCGGGCUGUUUAAGUGGGAAAAUCGUCUGGCAUCAACCAGUGGUUUAACUAAUUAAUUUAUCUGGACAUUACGAUUUAGGCAUUCUUCGUAUGUAAUUGUAGAAAGCAAUUAUUAGACGAAGUUUGAUAUAUAUAAUUUUUUUUUUAAUUUUAUUUUUCCUGCAAAUCCGUCAAUAAACUUGAUUCAACUUUUUUCCAAUGAAAUUAAAUUCACCUUCAUAGUUUCCUAGCUCGUUACAAUCUGAUAGCCAUAAAUUUCAAACUCCACCAUUGGUUUCGUAUUCUAUGGUACUGUUGUAGUUACUUGUAACCAUACAAUUCUUGAGAACCUUAUUUAUUGUUUUCACUCACAUAAAUGAAUUGUACAUUUUUUUUUUCUAUUUGUAAUAAAAAGAGAAUCAAAAUUUGAUCGUAACAGUAUGUUUCAGAAUUUGAUCUGAUAUAGCUAUCAAGUUUCUACAUCAAAACAGAUAAUCAAAACUUUAGUUUGUUUGCAAAAGAAAAAAUAAUUAUUUUUGGUCACUUUUGUUGCUUAUUCAAUCCUUGAACUGACUAGAUAAGGGGUUUUUUAGAAAGAGGAUUUUUUAAGUGUUUUUGAAGUACAACAAUCAUUGCUAAUAUAUUCACGUUGCAAUUUGCCGUAUGUAAUUAUAAUAUAUACAUAGAUAGUUAGUUAAUAUACACUCGUUAGAAAAUUGUUUCUGGCGAUUGUUUUUGGCUGUAUACAAUUAAAAAAAAUGGAAUUAAUAAAUCUUGUAGUUUCUAAGUUUUUAAAAUCAGACUCCUGUACUUUACGCGGAAUUCGACUCGAUUUACUUGAUUCGUUACAUUUGGUUGUCUAAUUUUGCUAACAGAAAAACAUAAUGACAGACAAACACAAAAAUACACUUGUAUAUACUUGUACACAAGCACUGUGAAUAUACACGUAUGAUAUUAGUUUGCUUCGUUAUUAAAUUGCCGAAAAUUUUUUGUAAAAUAUAUUGAAUAAUAUUUUGUAAAUAAUUUAUUGUCUAAUUUGUAUAAUAUGUAUUGUUUGUUGUAUAUUAUUAUGUGACUCGAGUUAUUCGAUAAUUUGUGUCGUAAGUAUCCAUUUCAAGCAGAUUUUCGAACCAAACAAACCUGUAUUAAACUUGAAAUUUUGUGGGAUGAAAAAACAAAUCAAUCUUCGUCAAUGCGUUUAUAGUAAGAUUCUCGAUCAAAUGAGCAAAAAACAAGAAGCCAGUGAAACAUGUUACGAAUCAACUAACAAGCCAAAACAUAUUGUUAAAGAGUAACAUUAUUGUCCGUAUACACAUAUGUAAAAAUAUAAAAUAAUACUAUGGGUAGUUCAAUCAUGUGUAUAAAUAUUUAAAUUGCGAGAUGUUGAACUGGAAAUGAUUAUUUUUUAUUUACAAGUUUAGUUCAAUCAUAAAUAACAAAAGUAAUUGGGCAGGCGGAUCUUACAGAAAGUAAUUCUGGACAGGAGAAACAGACAAAAAUUCGUUUUUUUUUUGAUAAAUUGAAAGAAAAAGUAAACAGAAAGCGCGAAUUUGUUACUGAAGAAUCCUGAAAUGAUAUUCUUCAGAUCAUUGUGCGAUGACAUGACACUCGGACAAUUUUAUUGAACUUACAUAAUACAGUAUAAUGAAAAAAAGUACUUAAAUAGUUAGAAAACAGAAAACGUACAGCGAUUUCCGCAUUUAUUUGCAUCAGGUGCACACGACGUGAAAUCUGAAUUCAUUAUAAAGUGAUUAUUCCAUAAUUGAUUGCAAAUGUCGAUAUUAUACCUAAACCCAGAUAAACAUUAUUAUUGUACAUAAAUCAUCUUUCAAAUGACAAACAGCUGUUUGUAGAUGUUAAUCAAGGUACGUUCAUGACUACGUCGCACAGUAUAGGUAUCGGUGUGCAGUACCUAUUAUAAGAGGGCAUAUCGCAUCAAUUUAUCCUACAUCAUGUACAUAAUGAACAUUCACAAUAUAUACAUACAUCAUAGAUGUACCUACAUAUUCGCAAAAUAUGAAUAUUAAAUAUGUCGAGGACAAUUAUACUACGAAGGAUUGCUGUCGUUCGAUCGAUUGAUAGUAUAUGAAGUACUGAUGGAUCGGUGAUACAAAGACUACGCGCAAGUUAUAUGAAUUGCACGUCUCCCUAAAAGGAAAAAAAAGAAAAAGGAAGAAUUCAUGUAAAUUACUUCUUAAUGCCCAAAAGGUUUUUGUAAUACAUACCUAUGUAUACCUAUAAAAUUGUUGUCGUUA